UCUAAUCUGUCUUCACUCUUCUGAAGCUUUUUUUCGGACGCGCUCCUUCUGUCAUUCCCUCACUAUCAGAUCUCUGUCACAACUCAUUCUUCACAUCUCCCUCACCCAACCCCCGCCCGCAGAACUUUCCACCCAACCCGUUAGUCCUCGCGAUGGAGACGCCGAAGCGAAAGGCGUCGGGCGCGUCCGAGCGGCCGGACAAGAGGCGCAAGGAGGAUGAUGACACCUUGGUCGAUAGCGUCGAAGACGGCGCCGACGCAGGAACCGACGCAGGAAGCAAGGCUGCCGAUAUUGCCAAGGGCAUCAAGGCUCAACUCUCGGCCGAGGAUCGGUCCCUGCCGGACACAACCAUCGACGAGCUCGCCGACAUCCUGGUCUCGGCCCCGCGGUAUCAGGCACAGCCGGAGCUGGACAAGAUCCUGGACCUGAUGACGCAGGCUAGGCCUAGCAACUUCCAGGCGCCGAACCUGACGGCCAUCCGCGACUGGUGGUUCAACGGCUACACGAUCCGCUGGCAGCACAAGGCGACGUACAUGUCGCAGCUCAUCCGCAACGGCGCCCACUGCCCGCUCUUCGCCCCGAGCUCCAGGCGGCUCAAGGAGGCCCCCUUCGAGCACCAGGCCGAGCUCCUCCAGGACGCCAUCCGGGUCGCCAUCGCGGCCAAGGCCCUGGGCGACACGCCGGCCAACAAGCUGGGCGGCCAGACGAGGCUGCCGCUGUGGGACCUCAGCAAUGACGACCGCUUCUCCGAGUACCCUUCCUCGUACCAGCGCUUCUUCAAGCACGAGGGGGGCCCGAUGGCGGCCGAGGACCCGAGGGACUCGGCCGUCGCGCAGGCGCUGGAGCUGGCGCGGGCCGAGUGGGAGGAGUACCGCCAGCACACGGGCCUCGAGUACCACCACGGCCACCCCAGCCUCAAGGUCGUCGAGGCGCAGUUCGGGGCGGACGGGGUCAAGGUCCACAACGGGCCCCUCCGGUGGAGCGAGAUGCACUCGCGGUUCCCCGACGGCGGCCGCGACCUGGCCAUGGACAUGCGCCUGGACAACCAGAGGUUUGAGCGCCUGCGCAAGAUUGGAAAGAUGCGCAACGACGUGACCGCGGCGGUGCUCCCGCAGUACCGGAGCCAGGUUCCCGACGGGGCGUGGAAUGGACGCUACGAAGACGAUCAGGACAUGGGAGAGGUUCACGACUGUGAGGACUCGGAUUCGGACUCGGGCGACGGCGAGGAUCUGCCUCCUCCUUGCAAAGGCAACCACCCUGGCCACUGCCACGGCAACCACCCUCAAUACUGCGCGCCGCCACAUGGCCAGCCGGGCUACGACGAAACCCAUGGCUAUUAUGAUGCUGUCGUCAAUGCUUACGGACGUGCGCCGCCGAACGGCAACCAGUCCCAUCCCCGGCCGUACGACCCGCGAGCGCCCAUUCAAGUCCGGCACCAAGUCCCCGGCCACGACCAAGGCGGCGGUGGCUCCGUCAGGAACGGCCCUCCUGGCCAAAUGGGCCGGGCCUUGGAUGACCUGCAGGACCAGAACCGGUACCUCGUCAACGAGAUCCACGAUCUCAAGGACAAGAACCGGGCCCUGUCGGACCAGAACAAGGCCCUGAUGAAGCAGAACGCGGACCUCCGCUUCACGGUCGAGAGCAACGACGGCGAGGUCCGGGACCUGGUGGGCGAGGUGAAGCGCCUGACGAAGAAGUGCAACAGCAAGCCCAAGGCGUCGUCCUCGGGCGCGUCCAGGAAGUUCAUCCGCGCCGCGGUCGAGCGGAUGCGCGGCGACAUUCGCGCCAUGCUCAAGCAGCACGGGACCAGGACGUACGGCAUGAUGGCGCGGGUGAUGCAGAUGGGCAUGGCCCGCGCCAACGCGCCCGCCCGCCUGAUAGACAUCCCGCUGUCCUCCGGGUCCGAUGCGGGCGGUUCGAGCGGCGCCUCCUCCGACAGCGACUCGGACCGGUGCCCCUCCUCCUCCUCCUCGCCCAACCGGGCCGCGGGCAGUGGCAAGGGCGAUGCUGGCAACGGCCGUGAUGGCAGCAGUAGCAGCGACAGCAGCGGCAGCGAGGAUUGCAGCGGCCGGGAGAACGAGGCCCCUGUCCGCCCCAAGGCCAAGAAGGUCAAGAUUGUCAAGAAGGCCAAGAACAAGAAGCGCGCUUCGCCCCGGAAGUCUGUCAACUGAUGAUGCUGCUGGUCUGUCCCGACGGAUUGUCAAUAUCAUGGAAUGUUGUCGCCAAAUCCUUUUUUGAGCAUACAGGAGCCUUGUUUGGUCUUCUUUUUUUUUUUUUUACCUCCUUUUGGAGAGAGACAUUCGAGAUUUGGACUGGUGACGUGAGCCCCCUUUUGAGGCUUUGUGAGCGACGCCAGUCUUCUCGAGCCCUUUUGUGCUACUGUUUCCUCCCCAUUUCUCAUUGCUUGUAUAUCAUUGGUUGUACAGGUUAUUGUCAGAGUAUCUCUGGAUAGAUGUCAUCAUUGCGAACGGGAAAGGCGCGUUGGGAAGCAAGGGAGGUCGAGCCCGAGGAUUCUGCCUUUUGUUUAACGCCGCUUACAUCCUGUUUUGGCCAAUGUGCCGAACGCUCCUGAAUUCUGAAUGGCGAGUGGCGGCUGCGUGCAGCUCGGCUCUCGUCGCGAUUGCCGGUAUUUAGGGAGGUAGGCAGACAACUAGGUAGACAAUCUGACCGCACUAAUUCCCUUG